GAGUGUUGACGGUAAUUAUCAGCGGUGAAGAAGAAACCACGACAGCACAUGGUUGAACUGGUCGGAAAUCUACAUUCGUCUCUUGUAUUUGUCUCAACUUUUGUUUUUACACGGAUGUUAUAAAGUUGUUUUGCUCUCCAGUCUUGUAUCUAUUCGCUGGCACGGUAGGAAGUGCGUUUGAUUCAGCCCCACCAUGGUUCGAGCACAAAGGUGAGUUUGGUUUACAUUAGCCUUGAUCACAAUCUGCGAGUUUACAUGAUUUAAUAUGAGUGUUAUUCGAUUUUUUUAAAAGCCUUUUACAGCUAAUGAUAAAGAUAUUUUAAGUCUUAGUCCUUAAAUUGUCACCUGGAUCUUCAGAAGUGAUCCACCUGCUCAUUGACACGAACAGUCUGGAUGUUUACCUGUUCAUUUUCUGUGAACCAUUUAGAAGUAAAAAGGUACGGAGGCCGAGAAGGACGGAGCAAUAUGAUGAAGAUGAUCCUGAAUCUUACAAGAACAUGCCUGUCCCUGACAAGGUGAGAGGACUCUGCAGGAAAAAAAGAUACAGACUGACAUCUCAUUAAAUUUACUUUGGUCUGAUCUGAACAUGUCAUCUUUUGUUUCUUUUAGAAGUCAUCAAAGUACACGAAGGACAAAAUCGACGAGUUUCACGAUGAAAAGAUAGCAGUAAGUAUUCCUUAUAGAUAUACUUUUCAAUAGUCAGCAUUCUGCCAUGUCUCAGCCCUAUUCUACCAAUAGUAGGGCUGAGACAACAUACCUUUCUCCUGAUUCGAUUCUUCUACGAUUUUUUUUUAUGCCGAUUUGAUUUAAAUUGCGAUUCUACGAUAUUGUCGAUUAUCUUGAUAUUAAACACACCGGGGCCGACGCGAAAAUAGAACACGAAAUUACGAAAUAUUCAGAGAUUGGUCAGAAGUGGACACACAGUAUGCGAAACUUUUGAAAAAUCGACAGUGAUACAAAAAAUAAAUAGUGCAAUAUGGCAGGAUGGCAAAACGUCGCUGAUGUUAACGCUUGUAUUGACAGGACACGGGUUCGGAAACAAAUAUUGACGUCUGCAAAAAUCGCACCAAAAAUGCUCUCAGUGUGAAAAGACCUUAAGUCUGCAUUUUUAACACCAGGGAAACAGUUGAAUGAUUAUGAUUGCCUACUGACUUUUCCAAGAACCAUAUUUCCCCAAAAAAUAUACAUCACAUCUAAGUCAGUUUUUAAGAUUUAUUCUUAAACUGAAAAAAAAAAAAAGAUUUUUGAACACGCAACAAUAACACUUUAACAGUGCAACGCCUCAUGACAAAACGUCGAAGAGACACAAAGACCUCACAGAUACAGUAGCUUAUUGUAUUGCAAAAGACAUGCUACCAAUAAGCACUGUUAAAUUUUAUUUUUUAUAUCGUGAUAUAUAUCGAUAUCGAUUGAUAUGACAGAAAUAUAUUGUGGUUAACUUUUUCCCAUAUCGCCCAGCCCUACUCAUUAGUAGUUUUUCAAUGAGGUGUUGUUUUUGGGUUGUAUUAAGUUGUUUUUUUUGGUCUGUUUGCCACAGAAACUCCUUGCCAGAGGUGUUCAGGUGGAGAGCGAUGUGGAGGAGCUAGAUGAUGAGGUAACAACUCAUGUUUUUUUUAUUUUUAGCUGGAACAUAAAUGUGAUUUAAGAAAAAAAAAUAAGAGCUUGACUAUAUUUAACAGGAUGAAGUGAUGGCCUUGGAUGAUUCUGAAUCAGAGGAAGAAGAUGAGGAAGAAGAAGAGGUGGAGGAGGAUGAAGAAGAGGGGACAGACAUGGAGAGUGAUCUAGAGGGGAAAAAAGAAGAAAGUAAGUGUAAAAUCAUGGUUUAUGUUUAAGAAUUGUUUGCACCAGUACAUGUUUUUAACUCUAUGGUUGUUGUCCUCCUCAGGUCUUCCUAAUGAGCUGGCAUGGGGCACCAAGAAGAAGAUGUUCUACGACACCGACUACGUGACCACGAGUAAGCAUUUAAUCUGCGUUUUUAAAAACUGAUAUUUGUUUGUCUGUGUGGUUGCUUCUUCUCACAUUCAAAGUGUUACUGCAGAAGGAAAAUCACAGGAAGAGCUGGAAGCUGAGGAACAAGAGGAGGAAGAAGAGGCUAAAAAGAUUCAAAACCGUUUGGCUGAAAAUCUCUGUGAGGACGACUACGAUUUGAACCUUUUUCAGGUACAUUUUACUGUUUUUAUUGCACAUAUAUAGAGCUGCAUGUACUUCCCAUGUGGUCAUAUUGGAAAAGUAAUGUGUCUUGUCUAAAUGCAGGAGUUUGCAGUGGAGGAAAAGGAUAAAGAUAAGGCUGAAGAAAAAGAGGAGAGGAUUGUCAAAGACCUGAAGCAGAUGUCCCAGAAGGAGAAGAUGAAACUCCUGAAGAAAGAGUCACCAGAGCUGCUUGAACUUAUUCAGGACUUCAAAGCGAAGGUAAGGCAUAUCACAAAAACAGAAACGGUCCCAACUCACAUUUUUACUAAGUAACCAAAUGUCUACAAGCUGCUGAUCUUGAAUUGUUUCCCUUUUCAAUGAUGUUUGAAGCUCACUGAACUGAAGGAUGAGCUGCAGCCCUUGGUUCAGAUGGUUGACGAUGGAAAGAUCCCACAAGGCAAGGUGAGUGCAUUCAGCGCCAAAGUACGUGAGGGACAAAAUGUGUGAAUCUGCUAACAUGCAUGCUGAGAAAUACGAAAAAUCUUAAACUGUGGCGCAGAUUUUUUCAUUUAAGUGCAUGAAGCUAGAAAACCUUUUGUUUUUGCUCUACAGGGUGCAGACUACCUCAAGACGAAACGGCAACUAUAUCUCAAGUACGUUUAGAUUUUUACUGUUUACAAUUUUAAGUCCUGCCCCAGUCUUUCAAUGAAUGACCGGUAAUCUUGUCUUUUCAGUUACUGCACAAACAUCAGCUUCUACUUGGUGCUGAAAGCUAAACGAAUCCCUGCUCAUAACCAUCCUGUGAUCGAAAGACUGCUUACCUACAGAAAUGUAAGUCUACAUGCGGAGCCUGUACAGUCAGCGUUCAACAAAACUGCACUUAAACUUCUAAAGUUUGGAGACCAUCUCUGCAGCUGCGAUUCAUUUUCUUUUUUAGACUACAAUUAUUUCUGAUGAAUUAAGUAGAUCUGUUGCAAGUACAACCACAUUGUGUCUUACUGACUGUUAAAUACCUGCAGCUCAUCAAUGAACUGGGUUCAGUCGACGCUCGGCUUGCACCACAGUAUCGUCAGUUACUGGCAGGUGAGGAGGGGGAGACCUCUUCUAACAGACCAGCAGAGGGCAAGAAAACCAAAGUCUCUAGAAAGAAAGAAAAGGUGAGCUGUAUUUUUCAUUUAUUGAUAUGCAUGGGUGUGAGUGGGGGAAGUUAUAAAUGCCUCUUACGGAGGAAUUAAAUGAGAGUAUUCUGUGUUUGCAGACUUCUGGAGAGGCUCUUCCUGACGUAGCAGAGGACUCAGACUCUGACCUGGAUGAGGAGGCAGCUUUACGUUUCUACAGAGAUGUGGAGCAGCAGGCGAAGAUGAAGAGGAAGAAUAAAAUGCCAGAAGCUGAAGAGUAUGUGUGAUUUGAACCUUGAUUAGUGAUCCUGCAAAAAAAAAAUCAUUUACCUCUAAUGACAAUGUCACAUUUGUUGCAGGUUGGAGGAAAAUGAGGAUGAGGAUGAGCUGGAUCCAGAUGCUAAGAGAGGAAUCACUUACCAGGUGCUGAAUAGCAUUCUCUGAGGAAGACAAUCAUGAUUUAAUUUACUUGGAAUUGAUUGAUUCUUUAACUACUGCAGUACAUGGAGUUUUUAAUUUUAGGCAAGUUUUUGGUUGUGUGAGGGCACCACCUGCUGGAUGGUUUCGGUAGCAUGCGUUACAUUAUUGCUGUUCACCCAUGCAAGACAACUUGGAUACUUGGAUAUAUUUACUUUUGCACACGAUUUAACCUAAAAAUUUAAGUAUUAUUAAAUAUUUGAAAUUUUCGACUGUGCUCUGCCCAUUAACCUUGAGAUUUUGCAUGCUGUAGAUAUUUUGGGACUACUUGUACCAUAUUCACUCUAUGCAUCUGAUGUCAGACUUUGUCACUGGAACAGCUGCUCUAACGCUGUCCUUUACGUUUCCCACAGAUGGCAAAGAACAAAGGGCUCACACCGAAGAGAAGGAAGAUCGACCGUAAUCCCAGGGUCAAGCACAGAGAGAAGUUCAGGCGAGCCAAAAUCCGCAGAAAGGGACAGGUUUGUAUUCCACACAUGGAUGUUAACGCUCUCUAAAAUUAGAGUUCAGAUUAAUGUGUUGAGCGUCUCUGAGGAUGGUGAGAAAUUGACCCCAACUUGUUCAUGUCUUCCAGGUCCGUGAGGUUCGUCGGGAAGAGACGAGAUACAGCGGAGAGCUGUCUGGUAUUCGUGCCGGUGUCAAGAAGAGCGUCAAACUUAAAUAGCCGAAAGAGAAUCCAGAUUAUUCUACCAAGAUUAGCCACAUAUGUGUUUAUUAUGGGUAACCCUAGUGUUAAAUCAUCUUACUAUUCAACUGUUGUAAAAGGAUUUUCUUUCUGAUCAUUUGAAUAAACAUCAUACAACCCUCAAA